CAUACAAACGCUGCAGCUUCACCAAAAGUGGACACGACGAAGACGGCAACAACGCAGCAGUCUCGGCCUGGCGCCACUGGGAACUCAGUGACCAACGAGUGGACUGCACAGCUGAAAAAUGAUCUCGGAAUUGGCAGUAGCGCGGCCACGAAAACGAGCACCGCGCAGUCGACGGUUGUGGUACCAAAAUCGCCACUACAGAACGUGAAAACGACACAGGCGGGUGCAGCAGCACCUCCAGCACGGCAGUCGAGAACCGUGGAAUUUGUGUCCGGCGACCCGACUGGCCCGUCGCUGCCCGAGUACCAGUUCGAAUUCAACGGGGACGAGAGCGUCGAUCAUGCGGAAGACGUCUACGCCUCAUCGGCCAAGUCUCAUACCAUCAACAGCCAUCCUUCACCCGCAAAGAUCGAAGUGAGCGCCGAUUCGUCGUCUUCGAUGCUCUCCAAUGGUCCGAUGGCUGAUUACUCGGCAACGAUCAACUCGCAACCGCCACCGGCACCGCCUAAGGCAAGAUUUUUUGGUAGGACACCAAGAAGAAAGAGUGUGAAAUUAUUGAACUUUUUUUAA